CCCCUUCCAGAGGCGUGCUGUUUAUUUGAUCCUGAGAGCCCAACACAGCUCGUGAAUAUUCAUGAUCGAGCCUGUGGACGUCAGGACGCAGCGGCGGCUCGGCUCUUCCUCCCCUGGCAGAGAGCGGAGGGGCUGGGAGGAGAGAGACAUCAUGCAAGAGCCCGGCUGCAUCUCUCCCGCCGCAUCUGAGGGCAAAUCUGCUCUCAACUCAUCCUCCUACCCUGCACCGACGAGGGAAACAACAAUGGACUGACGAAACACAAAAAAAACAGAGCGACUGAGGGGAAAAGAGAGGAGAAAAAAAGGGAGAGCAACGCCGUCUUGUUUUAGAAACUAGCACACAUUCUCUGGACAUAAGCUCCUUGGGGUUAGACGGGACGGAUCGAGUGAGCACAACGCACUUGGAAAGGGAGAUGUAGCAGGAGGAUGCUUCGAUGCGAGCGGUUAUUGCAGUGCGUCUCCUGUAAGAUGGACGAGACAUAUUGGGGCUAAGGAACUGGCUACUUAUCACGUUGCGAAGGGAAGGCGGUUUGCAAGUGCCGUGGGCUGUUGGAGAGGAUAAAUGCCUUCCCUGGCGGCAUGUGUCGCGUGUGAUAUGUAGCCCGAACGACGACAGAGCGCCUGUUUCUCCAUAAGAAGAAGCACCGCUCCCCGGCGGGAGCCGAGCGCCGUGGCCGCCAGCAGCCGUCCCCACCUCGGGCUCCCUAUGAAGCGAUGCCCCGCUAAGAAGUGAGCGCAGCUUCGAGAGCUGUCCGUGGUGCUGAACGGAUCCGUCAGCUCCUCGGGUCUCCACGAGUUGACCUUCUAUCUCCCCCCCCCCACCCCGUGCAGAAAACCCUCCUCCUGAAACACACGGCAAGGUGGUAGAGCAGGCCACCACACAUGGACAGCUGCUGGGCUUGACUGUGUCAGCCGGACCACCUUCUCUUUCAUGGCUGUGGCACGCAAAAUCAAAACUUUGCUGACCGUCAACAUUUUUGUGUUUGUCGGGAUUAUCCUGUUCUCGGUCUACUGCAGGAUCCAGGACCGAUCCGAGGAGCUCAUCCAGUUGGGGCGUGUGUCUGACCAGAGGCUGCGAGCCAGGAAUGGUAAAGUUUCCAACUUGGUGGACAGGCAGUCUAUUCUCCAGAGGCUGGAGAGGUUGGAGGAUGUGGUCUACAAUCAGCUGAACGGUUUGGCGAAGCCCAUGGGGCUAGUUGAGGGACCCGGAGGCCUUGGCCAGGGGGGAGCUGCUGCCACUCUGGGAGAGGACAGCCAUGAUGCCGAAGGGAAAUACGAGGAGUACGGCUACAACGCUCAGCUCAGUGACCGCAUCUCCCUGGACAGGAGCAUCCCCGACUACAGGCCGAAAAAGUGCAAGCAGCUGAUGUACGCAGAGGACCUUCCCCAGAUCUCUGUGGUCUUCAUCUUCGUGAACGAGGCCCUGUCAGUGAUCCUGCGCUCCGUCCACAGCGUGGUCAACCACACGCCCGCACACGUGCUCAAGGAGAUCAUCCUGGUGGACGACAACAGUGACAGCGUGGAGCUGAAGUAUAACUUGGACCAGUAUGUGAACAAACGCUACCCAGGCCUGGUGAAGAUCGUGCGGAACAGCAAGCGGGAGGGCCUGAUCCGAGCCAGGAUCCACGGCUGGAACGCGGCCACGGCUCCCGUUGUCGGCUUCUUCGAUGCCCACGUCGAGUUUAACACCGGCUGGGCUGAACCUAUUCUGACCCGGAUGAAGGAGGAUCACACCCGCAUCAUCCUGCCCGCCAUAGACAACAUCAAGUACAACACGUUUGAGGUGCAGCAGUACGCCAACGCCGCCCAUGGCUACAACUGGGGGCUGUGGUGCAUGUACAUCAUCCCCCCACAGGAGUGGCUGGACAAGGGCGAUGAGACUGCCCCUAUCAGAACUCCAGCUAUGAUCGGCUGCUCCUUCGUGGUUGACCGGGAAUACUUUGGCGAGAUCGGUCUGCUGGAUCCUGGCAUGGAGGUCUACGGAGGCGAGAACAUCGAGCUCGGCAUGCGGGUGUGGCAGUGUGGAGGGAGUAUGGAAGUCCUGCCAUGUGCCAGAGUGGCUCACAUCGAGCGCACCAAGAAGCCCUACAACAAUGACAUAGAUUAUUACGCUAAGCGCAAUGCACUGCGGGCCGCCGAGGUGUGGAUGGAUGAAUACAAAUCCCAUGUCUACAUGGCCUGGAACAUUCCCAUGAAUAACCCCGGGGUUGAUUUCGGGGAUGUCUCUGAGCGCUUGGCCUUAAGGAAAAGGCUGCAAUGUCGGAGUUUUCGCUGGUACCUUGAACACGUCUACCCAGAGAUGCGGAUCUACAACAACACCAUCACAUAUGGCGAGGUGAGGAACAGCAAAGCUAGCGGGUACUGCCUGGACCAGGGCGCCGAGGACGACGACAAGGCCAUCCUCUACCCCUGCCAUGGCAUGUCCUCCCAGCUUGCCCGCUACGCUAACGAGGGGCUUCUCCAGCUCGGACCCCUGGGGUCGACCACCUUCCUGCCUGACACAAAAUGCCUUGUUGACGAUGGCAGAGGACGCACUCCGAGACUUAAAAAAUGUGACGCUGUUUCAAGGAAGUCCCAGAGGCUUUGGGACUUCACACAGAAUGGCCCGAUCAUCAGCAGGGACACCGGUCGAUGCUUGGAGGUAGAAAUGUCCAAAGAUGCUAACUUUGGCCUUCGCCUGGUGGUCCAGAGAUGCUCUGGUCAGAAAUGGAUGAUACGCAACUGGAUUAAGCAUCCGAGGCAUUAAAGCUGGA